GCCUAAAUUAAAACCGAAGCCCUCUCGAACAAAACGACGGUUUUUAUGCCUACAAAAGAUGGAGCUGCGACCUCUUAUCAUGUGCUUUGCACUCUGCGCUGUCUAUGCAACCAGUAAACCCACUGAGAAGAAGGACCGGGUUCACCAUGAUGAACCACUCAGUAACCGAGACCACGAUGACUCGGAGAACUUUGAUUAUGAUCACGAAGCCUUCCUGGGACAAGAUGAGGCGAAGACCUUCGACCAGCUCACUCCAGAGGAGAGCAAGGAGAGGCUGGGUAUGUUGGUAGAACGUAUAGAUGAGGAUAAAGAUGGUUAUGUGACUGUGGAGGAAAUGAAGACGUGGAUUAAGCAUGCUCAGAAGAAAUGGAUCUAUGAUGACGUGGACCGGCAGUGGAAAGGUCAUGACCUGAAUGGGGAUGGAAUGGUGUCCUGGGAGGAGUAUAAAAAUGCCACAUACGGAUACAUUCUUGAUGACCCUGACCCUGAAGAUGGCUUCAGCUAUAGACAGAUGAUGGCCCGUGAUGAAAGGAGGUUCAAAAUGGCUGACCUGGACUCAGACAUGAAAGCCAACAAGGAAGAGUUCACAGCAUUCCUUCACCCCGAGGAGUAUGACCACAUGAAAGACAUUGUAGUGCUGGAAACUAUGGAAGACAUCGAUAAGAAUGGAGAUGGUUUAAUCGACCUGGAUGAAUACAUAGGUGAUAUGUACAACCAGGAGGGGGAUCCCACCGAACCUGAGUGGGUGAAGACCGAGAGGGAGCAGUUCACAGAAUUCAGAGACAAAAACAAAGAUGGGAAGAUGGACAAAGACGAAACCAGAGAUUGGAUUCUGCCCAGCCACUAUGACCAUGCAGAGGCUGAGGCAAAGCAUCUGGUCUACGAGUCAGAUGAAGACAAAGACGGCCGUCUAACUAAGAUGGAAAUUGUGGAGAAGUACGACCUAUUUGUGGGCAGCCAGGCAACUGACUUCGGAGAGGCCCUCGCGCGACACGAUGAGUUCUAACGUUGACAUGACCGAAAGACUUUGCACAUCUCCAGUGCCACCCAGCUCUCAGUGGGGACUGGGUGUGUUUCAAGUGAGAUGAGCCAAACCGCUCCAAUGCCACGGACAAUAAUUUAUUUGAUAUCUUGAAUGUGUCCUAUUGAACACACUUGCAUUCUCAGUAAUGUAUGUACGUGUGUGACCAAUGUGUUUUUAACCUCAGUAGAACAUAAGUUUUGGAUACAUGGCCAGCUUCUACUCUGCUCCCAUCACUACCCUCGCCUCUCCUGGGUAAACAGUGUUAACUAAGGGGUAAACAGUGUUAACUAAACCUAUAUGGAGGGG